GCGGCCGUCCUCAUCUCGGAGCCGCCCCGCGCGUCCGGAAACACGCGUGGAUGUAGCGGCCGGGUCGGGGGCUCUGCGGCACCAUAAAUACCGGGACGGCCGCUCGCCCGCGCACUCUGCCGGGGCUCCCGGGGCCGGAGCCAUGCGCGCCGCCGCGCUGGGGCUGGCGCUCCGGGCACUCUGGGCUCUGGCCCUCUCCUCCCUCUCCAACACGCUGGCAGUGAACAACAGCGGGCGGUGGUGGGGCAUCAUCAACGUGGCCUCGUCCACCAACCUGCUGACAGACUCCAAGAACGUGCAGCUGGUGCUGGACCCCAGCCUGCAGCUGCUGAGCCGAAAGCAGCGCAAGCUGAUCCGUCAGAACCCCGGCAUCCUGCACAGUGUCAGCUCCGGCCUCCAGACAGCCAUCAAGGAGUGCAAGUGGCAGUUCCGCAACCGCCGCUGGAACUGUCCCACCUCCCAGGGCCCCAACAUCUUCGGCAAAAUUGUCAACCGGGGCUGCCGGGAGACAGCAUUCAUCUUUGCCAUCACCAGUGCAGGCGUGACACACUCGGUGGCCCGGUCGUGCUCGGAGGGGUCCAUCGAGUCCUGCACCUGUGACUACCGGCGCCGUGGCCCUGGGGGGCCUGACUGGCACUGGGGGGGCUGCAGUGACAACAUCGACUUCGGUCGCCUCUUCGGGAGGGAGUUUGUGGACUCCAGUGAGAAGGGUCGAGACCUGCGUUUCCUCAUGAACCUGCACAACAACGAGGCCGGGCGCAUGACGGUCUUCUCAGAGAUGCGCCAGGAGUGCAAGUGCCACGGCAUGUCAGGCUCCUGCACCGUCCGCACCUGCUGGAUGCGGCUGCCCACCUUCCGUGCCGUGGGCGACGUCCUGAAGGAUCGCUUUGACGGCGCUUCCCGCGUCAUCUACGGCAACAAGGGCAGCAACCGGGCGUCGAGGGUGGAGCUGCAUCACUUGGAGCCUGAGAACCCGGCCCACAAGCCUCCCUCGCCCCAUGAUCUCGUCUACUUCGAGAAAUCCCCCAAUUUCUGCACCUACAGCGGGAAGAUGGGCACAGCAGGCACAGCUGGGAGGUUCUGCAACAGCUCCUCACCGGGGCUGGACGGGUGUGAGCUGCUGUGCUGCGGGCGUGGGUACCGCACGCGCACCCAGCGCGUCACCGAGCGCUGCAACUGCACCUUCCACUGGUGCUGCCAUGUCAGCUGCCUCAACUGCACCAACACCCAGGUGCUGCACGAGUGCCUGUGACCCACGCUGGGACCACCCUGCCCAGCCCCGGAGGGGGUCUGAGCCACCCACCCCCCAUGAUGGGUGCCCGGCUGGAUUGAAGGCACCCAUGGGUGGGGGUAUGGAUGUGUCCUAGGGACCCCCAUCCUGCCACGGGUGGGCUCAGUGCCACGCACCUUCCCGGCCACCCCCCGGCUCCACGGGGUCCCUUCUUGCUGUAAAUAAAAUAUUUAUUGUGGACGGUUUGGUGCCGCCGCCCCCACCCUGCUUCGUUGGCCCCAGGCCCUGUUUUUAUAAUUAAAGAUAAUAAUUAAUAAUAAUUAAUAAUAAUGAUGCUUUGUUACAGGUGUCAUUGAUAGCCUUUA